UGAGAACUUUGCGUGCGUUUGGACAUGUUGGCCUGUUCAAGGUUACAUCAUUGUAUUGAUAUUUACAUUUGUUAUUGAAAUCCAGACGAAAGACAACAAAGAUCGGGACUUUCCCUCCCGCACCCCAGAAAUAAGUGACGCAUUAUUCUGCGCAUGCGUAGACACCGUGAAUACAAAUCAUAUCUAUCUUUAGGCCCUGUUUUUUUCCAAAAUGCGUAGGUGCCAUUUUCAUCAAGUAUCGAAAGUUGAUCUGUUAUCCGCCUGUUGAUAUGAAAUAACUUGAUAAAGCCUACCAAGUUGAAACAUCAAGCUGACGUGACAGUUCGGCUUCUGAAAAAAAACAGAAUACCAGGACAAGCUUUCUGCCGGUAAUGGGACACCUGCUAGUCGAGGGAUUAUUGGGGGUUGUUCGGGUAUUUUUGUUACUCGGAGCUGCAUUCCGAACAGUACAAGCAGGAGAUUUUGCACUUGUUGCUGAUCUGCAUAAUGGUACCAUUUACGCCGGAAGCAUGGGCCGUGGUCUUGCCGACAUAGCGCCUCUCCCUCUCAACGAUGUGAAGCGCCCAGUGGCUGUUGACUAUGACCCGAUAGACAGAAUGGUUUACUGGUCCGAUCUGGAAAGCUUACCAUUUCCACGGAUCUCCAGGGCUCAUCUGAAUGGUAGCAGCCAAAUGAUAGUUGUAAACCAACUCCAUCUUCCAGACGGAUUGGCACUGGAUGUUGAAGCACGCAUGAUGUACUGGACUGAUGGCAUCAUUGGAUACAUCGGGCGAGUCCGUAUGGACGGCACAGGUGGUAGAGAGACCAUUGUGGAUGGUUUGGAUCAACCAAGAACAAUCAUAACUGAUCAUGAAAAUGGAUUCAUCUACUGGACGGACUGGGGAAAUUCGUCGAAGAUUGAAAGAGCUGACUUUAAUGGAAGUAAUAGGAUGACUCUAGUUUCUGACAACUUAGUUUGGCCCAAUGGCGUUGUGAUAGAUGGCGACAAGCUGUACUGGUGUGAUGCAAACCUGGACAAGAUUGAGAGGAGUGACCUGUUAGGCAACAAUCGAGAACUUCUCAUUGACCUGACAUCAUACACGAAUAUCCAUCCCUUCGAUUUGGCUGUCUACGGCGACUACGUCUAUUGGACUGACUGGGGCUACGUAACCCUCAUCCGCGUCCACACAUCCGGUGUGGGCGCGCAAAAUUACGGUCCACAUACUUUUCAGCGAAGUGGUGGUCUUCAUAUUGAAAAAGAGCCCAGUUAUUGCGACAGUACUCCUUGCCACAACGGAGCCACCUGUGUCAAUGUAAUCAAUGGAUUCUCCUGUAUCUGCCCUGCAAGUUACCAAGGAAUAACCUGUUUUGAAGAUCCCUGUGGUAGUGGACCGUGUGCAAACGGGGCAACUUGCACCAUCUUGCCUACCAGCGGGUUCAACUGUCAGUGCCCAUCUGGUUACGCUGGACCAACUUGCAUGAUAGAGAAGAGCUACGUAUCCGCCAUCGCCGGUGGAGGUUGCGGACUUGCCUUUCUCAUACUGGUCCUUUUUGGUGUUUUCGUCGUAAGGAGGCGAAUUCAAAAUGGAGGCAGAACUGUACAAGUUCCAUUUAAUAUGGACUUGAAUGUUGAAGGCAAAACCAACGAUGGAGAAGCACAGCAGGGAUUGAACAAUCCCACCCACCAACACGAAACCUCGGUGCGUCAAUCCUGGCAGGCCCUUGGACAUCCUCCUCCACCGCCACACGUGUCUGCUCCCGAUCCUAUCUAUAUGGACAUGAACCGUUCAGUUCCUUAAGUAUGCAUCGCUGUACGUUGAGUAUGUUUAAUAUUGCGGCCUUCUGUUUCCCAUGUAUUCAUUUAUUUUCAAGUUCAAAGUUAAAUAAUUCCAGUGUCGUGAUUUUGUUCGUGAUGGUAUAAACUGGUCAAAACAAAACUUUCCACACAGUGUGCAGUCGGGCUCAAUUUAUGGACUAUUAAUCUUCGCCAUAGAAAUGUUCAUGGAUUUUGUUUUCACAUUCUCCCACUAAAUUGAUCUUUUAUUUUCAUUUCCUUUUCUAUGUAUUUUAUGUCCGACUUGGGAAGUUAACAUGUUAAUGAAGCUCAUCUGAGGGUCGGGCUUGCUUUAAUUUGAUAAGGUUAUGUGAUUAAGGUAAUGUGUUAUAGUCCGAUCGAUUUAUUUAAUAGUGAGGUUGGAGAUGCGGUGGAUGACUCGGCGUGUGAAAGGUUAUGACUGUUUUGAAAGUUUCUUAUCUUGGUAAAGUUUUACCAAGAGAAAUCACACCUUUUUACACAAAAUAGUCAUUGUACAAAUUUUAACAUGCACGGGCAGAUUUAAACUGUACCUUUAUGCAAAUAUUUACUCGGAAAGAAAUUUUAAAAACUUACGGCAAAAUGUUCGUGUUAUAUUUACAAAGCUUUUUAACUUUCCGCUUGUAUGCCUAUAUAUGAUUGUAUGCCUAUAUAUGAUUGCAUUGCACAUGACUGCACUUUAUCAUUAGGUGUUUUAGCAUAGUUAGCUGACACUGUAGUAUUUUAGCAAAGAUGAUAAAAAAUAUUCGUGGUAGCCUCCUACUCAGUGUUAACACAUAGCUAUAUGAAGAGUGAAGAGUUGUUUGCAUCACUUCAGUGUGCGAGUCCCUGCGUGGCAGCCGUGCUGAAUCAUGCAUUAUUACAUAGAUCAUGUGCCCUGUGACGUCAUUCCGACAGACAACCGCCGGGCAACCCAACCGUUAUACACGCAACUUUUAAAUGUUAUUUGGGCCAUAUUAAACAGUAUGAUGUCAACAUACUUAUUUUUAACCUCAUUAUAUUGCAAGAGACUUCUAAAACUAGAACCGUUUACUGAAAGAUGGUUUACUUGACGAUACGACAUCCAAUUUUGUAAACAAACGUCACAUGUGUAAUACAUGCGUGCUCCACUAAUGUAUUGCCUGUGCAUGCAUAUGGAAAACUUGUAAUUAUGUUCAUGCACAUAUUGUGUUUACUGCUCAUCAUGUUAAAAUUACUAAAGAAAAGUGUUAACUUCAUGGGGGAAGCGCCCCUCCCCCCACCGAUUCGCCCAUGCCUAGUCGAAACGGCAUAUUUUCAGACACUAACAGUUCGAUAGGUCAAUAAUUUACAUGAACAGUAGAAUUCAUGGGUAAACAGUAAAACUUGAAACGUUGGAAGCCAUAGGCGUCGCCAGGAAUUUUUCCCGGGGGGGGGGGGGGGCAAAAGCCAAUAUUUCCCCAAAAUUCCUUAACUUUUUCAUUAUAUUCUCAAUUUAUCAUUUUUUUCGAGCGUGAGAAGAAAGGCAUUUGCCCUACCCACCCCCCCCCCCA